AAGAACGUAAAGGCACUAUCAAAGAUCACCACAAGAAUAUUCCCAUGGUUCACAUCAAAUCUUACCACAGGCAUACUACAAUCUCUGUAGUCCUGAACUAAACCAGGGUGCUUCGAUCUUGGUUCCUUCGCACAUUCAGGCAGCUGUCUCCAUUAGAUUGACAAUGCGAAGCCAUAUCGAUAGAGUACAUCCACGGGGACCCUCAGGUGUUACCAGACCGCUUCCAAGGCGCCGAAGCGCAAGGUAUUCGAGACUCACAAGAAGCGAUGAGGAAUUGGACAGACGCCUAGAGCUAGCGCUGCCAGUUGGUUGGGACGGUCUGAUCAUCGAUCAAUAUCCUGACGAACAGACCGAAGCGGUUUAUCUUGUCAAAGCUUCAAACAUCAGGCAAGAGCGCAUACUAACAGAACAGCAGAUAUCUGAAUUCAGGCCAGGCGAUUUAGUACUCGCAAGCGUCCAUGAACCGACUACUGAUCCUAACAGCAGAGUUGGAGAUGACAGUAUCACAGCCACGAUGUUUGGCAAGGCAGUGUCUAAAGAUCGUUUCCACAUUCUGCUGGAGAAACAUCCCAAGCAUGGGGUAUUCGCUCCAAUCGGAUCACGCGGUUCAAAGGGAUUGCAGGGCCUCAGCGAAACGGAGCGACUUUGUCGAGUUGGCUUUCGUAAAGCAGGAGAACAUUUUGAUCGUGACAGACUUACCGAUGAAGACCCUGAGUUUUUGUCCCUGAAUGCUCCCGUGGAGCUUGCACAGGGCGUUCUGGAUCGUUGGUCGUUCUUGGAUCUCUCUUACCGAACGUCAUUAUAUUGGUCCUCAAACAUUCGAUUCAGAGGAUACCUUCACAGAUCAGAUACACGAAGGGUACUCGAACUUUGCGAAAGUAUGAGCCGUGUCAACUUAGCGUCAAGUAAUGGAGCUACGCCAUCAAUCUCUCCUCCAGAUAGGAACGCUGUCACAAGGCCUGACUCACCUCGUAGUGCCGAUUCUAUAGAACAAGACAUCGAUCUUGGCCCAGUUCUCUGGGAGAUGACAGGUCAAAAUGACUACGAACAGUCAACUUUUGACAAGCCAGACUUGGACGAUAACGACGACCCGGAUCGACCGAAAGGCACGGCAGAAGAACAAAAGAGGGCAUUUACCAAACGGAACACGGAAGUUGCAUCAGUCGUUCAAGACCUAGUGAGAGCCGAAGAGAAACUCUUCAAGGAUGUGAAUGAUGCCACUCUUCUUGCAGCCCAGGCGGAGAUACAUGCUAGAAGAGCACUGAUAGAUUAUCAGGACAUGAUGUCGGCCGGUACAGCAGGAGAGCAUGCCCUGGAGCUUUUCAAGAAUGCGGCCGAACAAGCCGUACUAGAUCGUGAUACGGCACGAGAGAAGAGGGACAGAUUGACUGCAUCAGUUGAGGAGGUACUGGCGCAUCCAGAACUCAGGCCCCGCGUACCUGCUGGCACAGACAUCAACGAACAGCGACUGACUAUUAUCAACAACGCCACCAAGUCGCUUCAGGAUCGACUACAGAGUAUCGCCAAGCAAAAGUAAGUGUUUAUAGUUGGCCUGCUUACAUCACUAGGCAUGACUAGUCACGGCCACAGUCAAACGUAAUAUGUUGACUUGCUACAACUGGCAUUCGGCAUCGAGAAUACUCAUCAGUGCUAUCAACUAGCAAUGUGUACGUUUCCUUUCUUUUGCGUUCAAGCGUUCAUUAGCGGUAAGCAAUGAAAUUCAUCAAUUGCAUUUGUCCAAUGACGAGUAUUGCAUGAUGAUUAUACAA